UUUUUUGCCUUUGUGUAAAGCGCCAUCUAGCGGUCGCUUUCAAAAAUAGAAUUACUCUAAUCUCGCGAUGUUUCAGGUGGAUAUCUCGUGUUUCCGCAAGCCUUGUGGUUCUUUGCAGAAGGGCAAGAAGAGGCCGAAACAAGGGUGCCCUGUGUAGCAAGAACUCGACACUUCAUCCUUCAAACAUGUUGUCAAGGCUCGUAUUUGUGUCAGCCAGUGGCCUGAAAAGCAGCGGUCCCCUUGGAGCUGGUCUGGUCCACGCGUCCCGCUCCCUGCACACAUCGUCCCAGAGUCUGGCCCCUGUGCCCCCUCUGCCAGAGAAGGGAGGCAAAGUUCGUCAUGGCAUCUUCCCAGAGGAGAUUUUCCAGCUCCUGUACCCCAAAACUGGAGUCACAGGACCCUACAUGCUGGGCACUGGCCUCCUCCUCUACAUGCUUUCCAAGGAAAUCUAUGUCAUCAACCAUGAGACUUUUGCUGCUGCCUCCAUCGGUGCCGUCAUCAUCUAUGGUAUCAAGAAAUUUGGUCCAAGUGUUGCAGCUUUUGCUGACAAACUGAAUGAGGAAAAAGUGGCCAAGGCUCAGGAGGUCAAAGACCUCGCCAUGGCCAGCCUGGCUCAGGCUAUUGAGGAUGAGAAGAAGGAACAGUGGAGAGCAGAGGGAAGAUCAAUGCUCUUCAACGCUAAGAGGAACAAUGUGGCCAUGCUGUUGGAGACCAACUACAGAGAAAGGCUACACAUGGUGACCAAUGAGGUGAAGAGGCGCUUGGACUACCAGGUGGCUCUGCAGAAUCUCCACACCCGGAUGGAGCAGGAGCACAUGGUUAACUGGGUGGAGAAGAGUGUUGUCAGCAGCAUCACUCCACAGCAGGAGAAAGAGAGCAUCGCCAAGUGCAUCACAGACCUGAAGGUUCUGGCCAAGGCCACUCAGGCCAAAGCUACAGCCUGAACUGUCAAGUCUUCAGAGAAGACUUCUCUAAUCCCCAACUCAUGGUCCCAAUAAGAGACAUUAACUUUUAUUUACAGAAUAAACUAUUUCUUCUUUAAAGACUGUCUCUGUCAGUAUGUCAUGGGUGUGUACAGUAUUUACACGUCAGCUGAUGGUAAAAUAAAUGGUUCUCUUAUCCAACUUCAA